AUGCAGCUUACUAUGGCUGUGACGCUCAUAGAGACGCUAUAUGCGCCGAACCAGCGAAGUGAGACGAUUCUGCAUGCCCAGCAGCAAUUGCAGAAGAUGCAGAAACAGGACGAUGCUGACAGGCUGGCACACGAGCUGCUGCAGAGCGGCGACGUCAAUGUGCAGUUCUUCGGGGCGUUGACGUACACGGUAUAUAUCACCACGCACAAUGUGGGUCCGCCAUUAGCAGAGCUGAUGGCUGACGAAAUCGUGGACGCCUACAGGCGGCAGGUGUCUGCGUUGGCGAUCACAAAGCUCAUCUCGAAUCUGGGUAAAAUCUACGCAAGGACGUUGUACUCGCCACUGGAUACGUUGUUUGAGAGGUUGGCGCAGUUGGCUCUGGAUGGACCGACACUGUUGCAGCUGGGGUUAGUCGCAUGCCGGAUCAUAGCCGAAGAGUUGAACGCGUCAGAGGAACUCACGAAGGAGCAGAACAGGUUGGUCAUAGACACGGUACUCGAUGGCACUACGAGGAAAGCACUUGAUGCGGCAAUCCCACUUAUUGUGCAGAGUGCAGGAGAUGGGACUGUGACGGGGAACGUAAAACGGCUGUGGCUUGAAUGCUUGCAGACGUGGACGGUGUAUGCGAGCCGCGUGGAGUUUGACUUCGCCUUCACGGUUGACUUGAACGAAUACUACGGCGUGGCUCUGCACCUUUUGGCUACGAAUUCCGACGUUGAGGCCCUCGAUCUCAUUUCCGACAUCUACGACACAAACUCGCAGCUUCUCAGUCACGAUAACAAAAGCAAACUCGAUGCGCUCAUCUUCAGCGACUGGUGCACAGCGUUCAUAUCGGCAGACGACCUCGACGACGUGUCCAAGUUGAGCAGGUUUGUCACCCUAUUUUUAGACGCGGACAUGAUCAACUUGGCAUCGCGAAUGAUUGACGCAAACUACGACUACAAGUUCCAGUACCUACUUCACCUCACUAACCAGCCGGGAAGCCCUAUCAUCGACGAGUCCUUUUCUGUGGAUUUGCUAGACUUCUGGAUUCUGUUCACAGAGAGUUUCAUCAAUGAUACGGAGAGCAUACACGCCAUUUUGAAGAAUGACGUAGAGAAAAUUGCAGUCUUGAACCAAAAGGCACACGACUAUUUUCUUCAUUUAUCCCAGAUUUAUUGGCACAAAUGCCACAUGCUCGAUGAUAUCGACGGGAUUGAAGACGAGUUUUAUAGUUUUCGAAGGGAUAUUGGCGAGUUGUUUGAGUCUCUUUUUUCGAUAGCAAGAGACUCGAUUUUCAGCGAUCUAACCCGCUCAGUUAUUGGCAAUUUGAGCGACUCCGGCACCUCGAUAAAUAAUGAAAAAGCCAAGGACGUUGAAGCAUCAUUCUACUUGUUAACAUCAAUAUCUUCCAUAUUCGGCGAAAGCAGCGUGACUCCUCAAUUCCUAGGUGGCCUAGACGCCUUGUUUCGAUGCAAAUUUCUAGAAUCGAUUUUACAACUAAGCAGCACUACUGGAGUAAGUAAAGAGAUGUAUCACCAUUUGAUUAGAAUCACCAUCAAGUUUUUAUCAGAAAUUAACUGGUUUUACGGAAACGAAGCAGGCAAACCUUACAUCAAUGGAGUACUUAUUUUUCUUUUUCAGAAUUUGAAUUCCAGAGCCUAUCAAGAGCCAAGCUCAAGAGCUAUAUUGCUUAUAACAGAUAGCUGUAGAGAUAAACUUUCGGGACUCUUAGAUGAUUUUGAAGCAGCCGCCAAUUCUAUGAUUGUCAAUAAAUUUGAGGUUGAAAUUAAUGUUAGAGCAGGGAUCAUCAGAAGCUACGCCAAUAUCCUACAGACAAUCAAAAACACAGAAUUACAGGCACACAAGAUCUCGAAUUUGUUAGACGUGAUAUAUUACGAAUCUGUAACUGCAUUUCAGUCUAUUGAGAUGAAUCUAUCCAAUCCAGAAGUUUUAGAAAAUAUCAACAGUUUUUUGGUGUCAAUGAUUAGCUCACUUGUUGGUCUUGCCAAAGGAUUACAGAUCCCGGAAGACUGGGAGGAUUAUUAUGAUCGAAAUGGGAAAGUGGUCCGGGAUGUUUACAAUUACUGGCAAUAUGAAGACAUCAAACAUUUUCAGGUGCAUGAGAAGUGUCUCAAAUUAGUUUCCCUAUUUUCCUUUCCAAGAGAAAAUUUAACUAAUUCAAUGAGCCUAAAAAAUCUAGAUCCUCUGAUGUUGGAACAAGUGUUUCUUUUUUUCAAAUCUGGUUUGAGUGAGCCCUUCCCAGGGCCCUUUGUUAUUGAUUAUAACUUGAUUAUCGAAUAUAUCCUAAAGUGUUGCCGAUACUGUCAAACUGUGGAUUUUUCUACUUCAGUUGAACCUCCUAUGAUCAAGAUAAUUGAGUUGUACGGUUUGGUUAUUGGAAGUAACCAUACCUUAAUCACGAUUUCGAAGAUAACUGAUCUUAAAUUAGGAACGGCUGACUUGCAGAUGGACUUAGUAUUGAAUGAGAUUUUUUUCAAACAGAUUGAUAUAAUCAUCAGUGAGCCGGAUAUCAUGCAGGCGGUUUUCAACUUACUUGCAGGAAUUUUGGCCAAAUAUCCAUCCAAUUUAAUUCAAAACGAGCACAUGAUUAGAAUCAUUGAGAUUGGGAUUCAGCAAUUAUACGAGAAUGCACAACAACGUUUUGUUGUUAUGGCGUUGAGCAAACUGUGGUCUAACUUAAUAUAUUUGCGCAAGGGUAAACAGAAGGAUGUGGAAAAUAUUCAAAGAAUAUUAAUAGAGGAGAACGUCGGGGCUGUACUGGUAUAUGCGCUGAUGAAAGGUUUCAUAGUGACAUCUCGAUCAAAUGUUGAGUUCUACAGUGAUAUAAUCAGAGCAUUGACAGCGAAAUACAGCAAGUAUUUGAGCGGUUGGAUAAUGGAUUCCUUUGCAAAGAUUAAUAAUGAAAGCGAGAAACAGGUUGCCAAAGAAAACGAGGUAAAAACGUUCACUAAGAAGUUGAUAGUAACUAGAGGCAGCCGUGCUGCAAAUCGUGUGGUGCAGGAAUUUUGGUAUACUGCUACCGGGAUGGUGGACUACGGCAUAUGA